AUGGCUUCCCACUCAGCUCCGUUUGCAAUGCCCUCGGAUAGUCCUGCUCUGCUACAGUGCUUUUUUGGCGACUUUGAUUAUGUCAAAAGUUUAAUGAAGGAGACGGCUGCCCUGUUGGCUGUUGAGCCCAUAAUACAGAAACGAUCCACUGUAUACAUACCAUCACCCGUCUCCGCCUUUCUCUGGCAUCGUCUUUUGACGACCAGGGCUUCCUAUGAAGCUACAGACGAGGAUUUUGGGUCGUCUUAUCGAAGACUCACGGACGGAAAGAGCGUUACUGUCAAGCUAUUCAAUAAAGCUAAACUAUCUUUCUUUGCCACCCAUGAGAUAUGUAUAAUUGACCUGAGAGGUUUAUACUUGCCUUUCAAUUCUAUCUCAAAUGCAAAGAACACAGUUGUCUGUGGUCCAUUGAAAGGACGCUGGCAGGUCGAUGAGCUUGACACCCUCAGACGCCGUGGAUGGACUGUCCAUCACUACGUCGAUGGUGAGUUGCUUGAUGAUACUUCAGAUUUGAAGCUGGAAGUGGAACUAUCCUUAGAAAAUGGGCGUCCAUUCCUCGAUGAGUACAGCACUGUAAUUGAGUUCAACGCUGAGGAAGAUGAAGCGCUGAUAUCUACGAGCACAAAGCUGAGGGUGGAAGACGACACCGGAAUUGAAGUGGAUUUAUUCGGGCUUGACCUUUAA